UCUCUCUCCAUCCAAACGCAACGCUCCCUCCUCUCUCUCCUUUACCCAAACGCCACCUUUUGGCAUCUUCCCACACGUUAUGGACGUUCCCCACCAAAAGAGCAAGCGAUUCCGCCAUGACUCCCAACCCAACUCGCCCGUUUCAAAGAUUGCCCGACUCGACUCCCUCUCUCAUGUUAACUCGCCACUGCACCAACUCGUCCUUUCUCACUCGGAACAACUGCCUCUGGACUCGUCCGUGCCCACUGACAUCCAAAACGACCUUUUCAAUAUCCUUGACGAGACCGAUAACUUACCCGACCGCCACACCACCAUGCAGGGUCUCGACUCUGUGAUCAAAAGCUUCGAGGAAGAGAUACUCGCUUCGGCUCCCGACUCUGUCGUUCCGGACCCGGCACCCGAACCCGGUGACUUGCACGUGGAGCUGGGAUACCUCCUGGAAGCCUCCGACGACGAGCUGGGGCUGCCGCCAUCGGUGACGGCAGAGGAUGAGACGAAGCCGGAAAGCCAAGAACUUAGCCGGGUCGGCUCGGACGGAGUUGAUAUGGGGCAGUUAUUGGGGUUUGAGAAUGAAAUGGACAAGUACGAGACGGUAGGGUUAGGAGGCGGGGAAAACGAGAACGGUGGUGGUAUUGUGAGCUUCGACGGGUUGUUGGAUUACACGGAAUCGUAUGACGUGUUGUGGCGGUCGGAGUCGUUGCAGGCAAUGUAAAGGAGGGUUAGGGCGUAGAGGUAGGUUUCGUGGGCAUCAUUGAAUUGAUUAGGCGACAUGCAUAUUAGGGAAGUAGAUGGUAGGUGUAAAAAUUUGGCGACUUGUUUUUGUAGCGCACGAAUCACAGAUGUUGUGCCAUUCGCAGUUUUACGUUCCUUGAAUCGCCGACGUCUUUCUUUCUUUCUUUUUUAGUUUUUUGUUUUUUUUUAAUUUUUUAUUUUAAAUUGAAGUUUGAAUUUGAAUUAACUAAGGAUGGCUCACAGGCCCAGCCCAAUGUUUCCCUUGUA